GCUGCGAAGUGGCGGCUAGAGCGGCCCUGCGUGGGGCUGGCGCCUGCUUCUGGGGACACCCUAGUGGUGGGAGGCUCCACACCCUGCGCAGUCGCCCCAGAUUUCCCAGGCCUCCGGCGCAGGGACCUGGAGGGGGGCAUGGCAUCCGCUCCCGCCAGGAAUGAGGAGAAGGGCAGCCGGCUGGCUCCAGCUCCAGCCUCCUUGAGUGAGGGGCCGCUGAGCUCCGAAGGGGAGACCCUGGAGAUGGGAGUGGAACUGAGGGCUCCCAGGCAGAGGCACCCGUCCCAGAAGGUUUCACUCUCUCGCUCUGAGGAAUUCCUGACCCGGAUCAGCACGGAGCUCACCGACGAGGCCUUGUUUAUCGCUUGCUGCCAUAUGAAUCCUGUGCCCAUCAAGGAGAAGCAGACAAAAGACCAAGGGACUCAGAUAUCCCAGCACGUGUUCUGCACCAAGACCCGAGGCACGGACACCCGCUCUGACAGGAACCGGACCCGCACCAAGGCACACCUCCUGCCAUCCCCUCGAGCCAAGACUGUGCCUCCAAGCUCCCCUUUUGCAACUCGUUAAGCACUUCAUUUGACACGGACUCCCGGUCGUGAGCAGUGGUCACCCCGAAGCCUCUGGACCGUUCUGGAACCAUCAACUCAACUUGGCACACAACUCACCACCCUCUGGCACGGACACUGCCAGGAAUCAAGGCUGUAAUAAAGUCGACCCCUCCCUUCCUCGGGCUCCAGAGUGCUCUGCUGUGGCUUCUGGGGGGGUGGAGGUGUGAGAAGAUGCACACGUGCACCCCCUUUUUGGGGGGGCAGGUGUGGACGCUGAGUGUGGGCACUUGUGGGGGAUGGCUUGAAUUCAGUCUGUUGGCAGAGGCGAGCUCUCCUAGCCAGAUUUGACCCCUCCCAGGUCUAGACCACCAUCAGUGUUGGGGACCCUGAGCCUUGGGUCACGCCCAUCCCCUGUGAGAAGGCUGCAUGACGGUCUUUAUAUUGAAAUCUCUGCUGGGAGCCUCCUGAGAAAGUCUAUAUACAUCUCCGCGCAUCAGUUUUCUUAUCUGGAACGUAGGAAUGAUAACCCGUCUGUCUCCCAGGGUCCUUGUGAGGGUUCAAAACCACUGCAGGGGCUGGUGCUGUGGCUCAGCGGGUUAACGCCCUGGCCUGAAGUGAUGGCAUCCCAUACGGGCACCGGUUCGAGACCCAGCUGCUCCACUUCCCAUCCAGCUCUCUGCUAUGGCCUGGGAAAGCAGUAGAAGAUGGCUCAAGUCUUUGGGCCCCUGCACCCGUGUGGGAGACCUGGAAGAAGCUCCUGGCUCUAAAUCGGCGCAGUUCUGGCCGUUGCGGCCAAUUGGGGAGUGAACCAUUGGUUGGAAGACCUCUCUCUCUCUCUUCCUCUCCUCUUUGUGUUA